GCGCGCGAGCGCCGCGGGGGGCCAGGGCCGGCGGCCCGCCCGCGGCCGCGUGCGAGGGCGAGGGCGGCGACGGGGCCCGGCGGCCCUGGCCCGGCCACGAGCCCCUGGAGGGCGCGGGCGCGGAGGGCGCCGCGGACUUCGAGAGCCUCCUGCGGCUGCUGCGGCAGGAGUGCGUCAGGCUAUGCCGCGAGAACGCCACGCUGCGGGUGAGGGCCGCGCGUUCCGAACAGGACGUGGACGGCGCCGCGGACGCCGUGGACGGCUCCCCGCGCGGCACGGACGGCUUCGGGGGCCGGGAGCCCCCCCCCCUGAAGCUCGGGGCCGGUUGCCAGGAGGCCAGCGUCGCUGAGGAGGUGCAGUCGGCGAGGGCGUCGGUGACCUCCAGCGCUGUCUCCAGGGAGAUUUCCCAGAGGUUCGGCGGCAGCAAGACGCUGAAGGAACACUUCGGCAUGGACACGGGGACGUCCGAGUCCAACAGGAAGAUCACCGCGGAGCUCAUGCAGAAACACCUGGAGAAGCGGUCACCCAAGAUGACCUACUUUGGAUUCAGGGGCGCGAAACAGUUGAAGGCAAAGUUGAAGUGGGUUCGCAACCACAACUUCGAUUACGCCAUGGCGUCUGUGAUUCUUCUCAACGCGGUCUAUAUGGGAACCCAGACCUAGAUGGUCAUGCGCAGCACCCGGGAUGACCCGAAUAGCGCGGAGAGUGCCAAGAGGAGUUGGUUGAUUGGAGAUGUGGCGUUCGCACUGAUCUUCGUCAGUGAGCUCAUAACCCGGGUUUUCGCAUACCAGGUGAAAUUUUACCGUGGGAGUCAGAGGUGGUGGAAUUUGUUCGAUUGCGUCACAAUUACUGCGACGGUGGUGGCCACCUUUCUUGAUGCGAUUGGUACCGCGCCGAGCUUUUACAUCAACCUCUUCAGGGUUUUGCGACUUGCUCGCCUAGCACGAAGUUUGAAAGUGUCGAAAUCACGGUUAUUUCACAACCUGAAGGUGCUCAGCUAUACCGUGGCUGGAAGUGCUAACGCGUUCAUGUCCGCCAUCACACUCUUGUUCGUAGUCAUGUACGUGUUUGGCUUAAUGUUCAUGCAGGGCUUGCAGUCGUAUAUUGUUAGAGACAACGCCGAUCCACUGGUAGUUCUUCAACUGGAGGCUUUUUUGGGAUCCCCAGCAGACACCUUAUUCACUCUGCUGAACGUUAUCACUGGUGGAGAUUGGGAAGACGUGGCCAUUACGUUGAGGGACAUCGAAUCCUCUUACCAGUGGUUCAUCUUAGCGUACAUUACGUUCACUGUUCUUUGUAUCUUGAACAUUCUCAGCGGAGUUUUCGUUACCGUUGCCAUCGAAUCCGCCCAGACGAACAAGGAGUUGGCUAUCCAGAGUACCCAAUACAAGACUAGGGCUCUCAUAGAACAGAUGGUGGAAUGGUUCAUCGAGGCAGACAAAGACAUGUCAAGCAAGGUCUCUUAUGAGGAGCUGCACGAUCUCAUGCGAGACGACAAAGUGCGGGCUUUUCUGCGGGCCAACGGCAUUGAUGUCGCGAGCACUGCCCAGGUUUUCUUUCUUUUGGACCGGGACGGUACUGGGGAGAUCGAGCCUGAAGAAUUUGUUGACAAUAUGAUCCUGCUGCAGGGUGGCGCGAAGGCUCUUGAUUUAGCAUCAUUGCGCGUGGUCUGCGAUGACUUGACUCAGAAGUUUGAUGAUCUGGAUGACAUGAUGCGUAGACAUAUCGUUGGCCUGGGCCCACCUGCUACUCCGUCUCGCCGUCAAGCAAAGAUUCCUGGCGGGCUCGGGUGUGGACUUCGGCUUGGAUGGGAUGGGCCAGAAGGCGACCCAACUUCGUCAAGACCAAACAGUUUUGGGCAGCCGAUGUCUGUAAGCAGUAUGUUCUAUCGCCAGGUGACCAGGUGAAAGUCAGUUGAGCUGCAGCGGCUUGCGCGCCCCGGUUCGGCCUCCCCGAGGCCUCCGAAAGUCGUGCACCAGAGGUCACGCUUGCCCAUGGUCGCCAUUACGUGUAACCGAAAAAUAAUUAUUUAAAUCCUUUGUCGCGGCACAGCCGUUGCCGCCUCCCCCUGGCAGUGGCAAGACCGUGCGCACGUAGCCCGCCCUGCUGCUGCCAGACGCCAGGCUCGAGCGGCUUGGUGCGCCCAGGAUUCCUGCAAAGGUAGAUCGUUGGUUGGACGAUCGUCGAAAUUGCGCUCGUUAUACUUCGAUCUAGAAGAUCACAGACGCCUGGCCACUUAGCACUUGGCACUCUCGCGCGUCUCAACGUGCCCGGUGGCGGAUACGAGGCCGCUUGGCCCCCAGCACCCCCGCGUUCGGGGCCACAACCCCAGCCGGCGACACUGGCGACUGGGCGCUCGAGCCUGGCGACCUCUCGUCGCUCGCCCCCUUCCCCCGCCCUACCCUACCCCCCCGUCCCGCCCCGUCCGUGCGAAUGCUUCUUGUGAUCCUGUGCUCUGAGCGCACACCGAAUCCGCCGUCUCCAUGCCACAACACGGCGCAGCGACGGUGGUUCAGCCGAUAACGUAGACACUUUUAUUUGGUCUCGCGUUCCAGUUCGGUAGGUAGGGUCCUCUCUGCCGCGGAGGGCGACGCACUGCUGUGCCUGAGUGGCUGAAUUCGCAUGUGCGUGGGUCAGCCUAGCAGGCUGGACAUGUGUUUCGCUUGACUGGAAUCCUGCCUAACAGGCUGGAUCUGCUUUCGCUUGCACGGCAUCCUUCACACAGGGCGGAACAUGCCAAGGACAAGAAAAAAAGAUGGUCCGUUCGAGUUUCCCCUUCUGCGCCCGCACUGGGGCCAUCUUGUAGGUCUCGAG